CUGUUAUGGUCGAGCCCAUCAGUCGUUCUCUUAAAUCACGGUCCAAAGGGAAGAGUGCUACAGGUAGCACUCCUGUCAAGGACGAUCGUGAAAAAGAGAAGAAGACACCGGUGUCUGCUGUUGCGCCACCUCCAGAGCCUCGUGAUGACCCCGCAGCUUUCCCGGAUGUCUCGAAAGCGGAAUAUAGCGUGGGUAUGGGCAUGCCCGCAUCGACUACCAAAGCUCGCAAAGUUAUGCAGUGGUUCAGGACAAGGAGUAAUACAAAAUCAGGUGCUGAGUUGUCAGGCGAUGCACCUAGAGUUCCUUCUCAUGUUGGCGUGGAGUAUCCUUCAAAAAUUCCAACACCGAUAAUCCAGAAAGCGGAGACCUCCGCCAUUUUCAAUCCAAAGGCUUCAGAGCAACCCAGGUCUCCCCAACUCGGUGAUGCUUCCUUCUCCCUUUCUAAAUCCGGCCGUAUCUUUGGUCCCACCUCACCCAAAGACGUGUUGCGUGUGCAUCACGGUGCUGUAGACCAAACCACUAUCACAACCAGGCCACCGCCUGAGGUUAUGAAGCAUGUUCGUGAGGUCUUGGAAGGCAUGGGUGUGGAGAUCAAGCUGGAAAGCGAAUACAAAUAUAGGUGUAUCAGGUUAAAGAAAGGUAAAGGGGGUGGAGGACUUGGGUUCAGCAGCGUAGGAAGUGGUAGUGGGUUGGCGGCAUUCACGAUGGUGGGUUCGGCUGCCUCAAACGGAGUCGAUAAGCGAGGUUUACCUCUGCCUUCUCAUCCAUCGACUGGAGGGAUGUUGAGAGGCUUACUCAUGCGUCGCCAGUCCUCGCAGGUUUCGGCCUCUGGAGCGGCCUCUUCCCCGCCAUCGAUCAAUCUUGACGAAGACAACGUCGUCGCGCCCACUCCCAUGGCCAACGACCAGGCAGGUAUGGAACCUAUAUUUGGCGACACUGUGCAAGAUGCUGGAGAUGAAGUUCGCUUCUCUGUCGAAUUAACUCGGAUCGACCGCCUUAAAGAUACCUACAGUCUUGAUAUUAGGAGGCUCAAGGGCAAUCUGAGGAGCUACAAAUUUUUGUAUGACACUCUCAGAGAACGCGCCGACCUGCAACGAUAAGUGCUAUACAGGCUACGUGAAGGCGUAAAAUACGGUUCUUUCCGCUCAUUUUCUCGUCAUACCUUUACUAUUUUGCUUUGUGGCCUGAUAUUCAACUAUACCCUAGUCCUUCCUUUCUUGAUCAUAAUUGUCUCGAGUAUAAUCUUUUACUUGUUCCAUUCACUUUUUUAUGUUCAUCACAUGUUUUCCAUGUCAACUACGUGACAGACAUUUAUGAAGCUAGACUGCACUGUUGCUGUCAUUAUAAUGUCUGAGCUUUUCAUUCUUCAACCUUUUCUAUGAUUAUCGUUGUUAUUGCACCACCCUUUUCAAGUAUCCCAAUGUCCCUGUUCCGCAUACACUUCCAUGUUACGUGACUAUGACAAGAUCUCUGUUCACAGAUAUGCCUUUUCUGUAGGUGCUACAAGGACUUCUUAUUUACCCUUACAAGGAAUGGAUAUUUGUAUAUAUUUCUGCAACCAGUGCAACGAUGUCUAGAUAUGUCG